AUGAUGUACAACUUCUCUUGCUUUCUGGCCCUGGCAUUGCUUGCCCUCGCAGCGAGUGUACCCCGGGCAGCAUCAUUGGCCACCCCGACCGACCUGACUGAGGUCCUCGUCUUCGACCCGCCCUCCGAUUACACCAGCUCUGGAGUCCUGUACGCUCGCAACGUGCAGCUGCCCAAUGGAGAUCUGCUCAUGACCUGGGAGAACUACUCGCCCGAGCCUCCCCUGGUGUAUUUCCCAAUCUACCGCUCUCAAGACAAUGGAGCGACGUGGGCCGAGAUCUCUCGCGUUCAGGAUACGGUCAACGGGUACGGUCUGCGCUACCAGCCGUUCCUGUACUAUCUCGAAGAAACGAUUGGCGACUACGAGGCCGGUACCCUGCUGCUGGCAGGCAACAGCAUCCCCGAGGAUCUGUCCUCGACGCACAUCGACCUCUAUGCGUCAAAAGACCUUGGCCUCACCUGGACUUUUGUCAGUCACAUCGCUUCUGGUGGAGAAGCAGUGCCGGACAAUGGAUUGACGCCAAUCUGGGAGCCGUUCCUGCUUGCCUACAACGGCAAGCUCAUCUGCUACUAUUCCGACCAGAGAGACAACGCAACCUACGGUCAGAAGUUGGUGCAUCAAGUAUCCAGUGACCUAUUGACCUGGGGCCCUGUAGUCAACGAUGCUGCGUACCCGGUUUACACUGACCGUCCCGGGAUGACCACUGUCGCCGAGCUCCCCAACGGCAAAUACAUCAUGACGUAUGAAUUCGGCUCCUUCUUCGAUACCUCCACCUACUCGUUCCCCGUCUACUACCGGAUUACCUCCGACCCAGAGGACUUUGGCUCGGCCGAGGGCCAGCCCAUCGUCGUGACAGACGGCACAGAGCCGACCAGCUCGCCGUACGUGGUCUGGUCGUCCUACGGCGGUGAGAACGGGACCAUCAUCGUCAGCUGUGCCACGUACAGCUCCGUCUUCAUCAACCAGGCGCUAGGCGAAGGUGAGUGGACGGAGAUCGAUACCCCGGAGAGUGCAAGCUACUCGCGUUCCCUGCACAUCUUCCCGCAGGCUGAAGAGUUCCUUUUCCUCAGCGGGGCAGGGCCGCUCGAUGGAACCGACAACGAGGUUACGAUCAGUAUUAUGAAUCUGGAAGAUGCAUUAUAA